GUUCAACAUGUUCAUGGCUCAGCCGGAUUUCUAUACUUUGUAGUGGGAACACAAGAAUCCAAUUUCGAGUUUCGACCUCAUUGAACUCUGAAUCCCUUUCUGUGAUAUCUCCGGGAUGGCUGACUAGAGUCGACUCUGUUUCUGCAAUGUGAAGCCUCGAUCAUGUUCAUCACCGCGUCUGAGCUCGGGUUCUUCGCUGCUUUCGUUGGCCGCUAUAAAACUCGGCUUCAGAAAAGCUGCAGACCUCACAAACCCAGCCCACAUCUACUCAGCCAAUGUCUCAAACAGCUCAGCCCAACCGCUACAACGCUCCCAAUCCGGGACACCAGAGAAACCGGAUUGCUUGCACCAACUGCCGACGCCGCAAGCUGAAGUGCGCACCAACCGACAAGGAACUGCGCCAACCGUGCGAACGCUGUGCCAGGGAAGGCGCUACCUGUGACUUUGUGACGAUCCCGCGAGACGACCCAGCCCCGACGCGCGAACCGAUCUGGACGCAGCCUCUCGAUCCAGCAUCGUUCUCCCGCGGUGCGCAGGAAAGCUGGAACCACGAGCCGAAUCAACAGCAACCCAGCCCCUACGGCGCAAAUAUGAAUCAGCAGCAGCAACAAUAUCCAUAUUACCCAGCGCAGGGUGCCAACCACAACAGUCCAUACGUGCAGCGCGAACCGGCGUCAAAUUUCACGCCGAACGAUGCGCCGCGGAUACACUACGGCCAGUUCCCUGGACCCGCGAACACGGUCUAUCCCUGGACCGCCCAUCAAUACUACCAGAGUUGCGGAUGCCCGAGAAAUAAUUGUGUUUGUGGGCGUGGAGAAGCCGGGCGCUAAGAUUCUUAGCCAAUACAGAAAGUUUCUAGAUCCACUUGCUGUAAUCUGCCUUCACACUUGGCUUUAACAUAUGA